AUGGGCCAAGAAGAGAGCCACAGUGAGGAGAUGGAUCUGGCUCAGAUUCAGGAGCUGUGCAUCAUGUUCAUGAAGGAGUGUCCGAGCGGCGCCCUGCACCUCCACGAGUUCAAGAGGAUCUUCGGUGUGCAGAGCAGCUCAGCAGAGGAGUCUCUCUACAUCGAGACGAUCUUCAACUCCUUCGACACAAAUCGGGACAACAGGCUGGAUUUCAUCGAGUACGUAGCAGCACUUCAUCUGAUCCUGAGAGGGGAUCUGGAAGCCAGGCUCAAGUGGUCCUUCAAGAUGUACGACAAGGACGGGAACGGCAAGUUGGACAGACAGGAGGUGAAACGGCUCAUCAGGAUUAUUCAUAAGAUCAAGCUCCAGCGGAGUGAAGUCGACAUGACGCCGUCCGAAAUCUGCGACAGAAUCUUCGAGCUGGUGGACCAGAACCAUGACGGUCAGAUAACUUUGUCCGAGUUCAUGGAGGGAGCUCAGAAGGACGAGUGGGUGAUGAACCUGCUCAAGCUGGACGUCAACGCCACCGGCUGGGUCAUCCAGAACUGUGGGAGGUUCCCAUGA